AUGCCGUACUGCGACCGAUGCGGCACGCUCACCGCCAGGGAGCUGCGGGAAAACGACCUGCUGCUCCAUCCCAACUUGAAAUGCUUGAAAGACCGCGCCGACGGGGGAUGCGAGCUGUGCUUUGUUUUCUGGACCGCGUUCAAAAGGGAUGCCGCCAAAUACGUCGACCGCCUCCUGCGCGGUGAAUCCCCGUUCCCUCAAGGAUCGGAAUGGUCCCCGGGGAUAUGGCUGAAUGGGAACCAGUUCGGCCACCCGACCUCUGGCGAUACCGUCGCCGUCAGUUGCGGGAGGCGCGGUCCCAAGUCCAGCUUUUGGGAACACGUGAACCCGGAGCCCAUCGAAGCCGUCCUGGAGGUGUACGAGGGACCGGGUCCUCCUUCAAAAUACAACAUCAGGGGCCGAAGAAGCACGGCGUAUCAAGACCCCGGGCUCCAUGUCGUCCUGAUAAGACAAUGGAUGGCUGCGUGUCGCGCUCAUCACCCUCGCUGCUCACUUGCACUCGGGAAGGGCUGCGAGAUGCCCACCCGGGUGAUGCAUGUUGGGGAUCCCGUCACGGACAGGAAGCCGAGGCUCGUGUCGGCUGCUGAGGAUGGAAUCUGCGAGCCGUACCUGGCCCUGUCGUACUGCUGGGGAGCCAGCACUGCCGGCUUUGCAAAGUUGACGGACGCCACUUACUCCUCCUUCGUGCUGGGCAUCGACGAGUCAGACCUGUCCAAGUCACACCAGGAGAUGAUGUCUCUUGCCCGCGCUCUGGGCGUUCAGUACGUGUGGAUCGACGCGCUUUGCAUCAUCCAGUCCAACACGGCCGAUUGGGAGCGCGAAUCGAGACGCAUGGCUAUAGUCUACGGCAAUGCUGCGUUAACCGUCAUCGCUGGGCGGUCGUCAGACUCGGGACACGGCUUCAUAGCCAACGAUUCCGACUACCUCGGGACGUUCUGCGAGCUGCCAAAAGAGUCGUCGGAAAAGUCGACAAUCAUGGUUGGAUUAAAGAGAUCCCCCGACAUUGGACCUACGUCGACCAGAGCCUGGUGUUUCCAGGAAAGGCUUCUCAGCCAGAGGGCCGUGGUUUUCGGCACAGACCAACUCAAAUUCUCGUGCAGGGCGGGAACCGUGUACGAGGACGGCUUCAAGUCAGCCGAGUAUGCUGGCUCUAGGCUGCUGGCGUCGACGCCGACAAGGCCGCACAUGCGGGACGAGCAGCAGGUCAUGAUGCAUGAGACUUUGAAAGAGUGGUACGGGCUGUUGUUCCCCUACACGAGGUGCAAGCUUUCCAACCCACAUGAUGUUUUCGCCUCCUUGGCUGCCAUAGCGCAACACGUCGCCAAAGUCCUCGGAUCACGCUAUCUGGCCGGCAUCUGGGAAUGCGACAUUGUGCGAGGGUUGAUGUGGCGCCCUACAUAUCACCUCGCCCCGAACUGGGAGCAAACUGUCCGGCCGAAGCCGACGUCGCUCACUGGUUCCGGUACGACUCGAGAUGUUGUUUGUGCCCCCUCUUGGUCAUGGGCCUCCGUUCAGGGACAGGUAUUGCAACAGUCGUUUUCUCCCCCCAAUGUGGAGUUGUACAGAGACGCGUCGAAUUUCAACAUCCGACCAAGGCCUUCUCAUCCAGAUAGGUGGUCGGAGGGCUCGGAAUGCGGAGCGGACAAGCUACACAUGCCAGUUUGCGAAUUACGAUUCAUGGGACGCGUGGUCGAGGCCCGGAUACUCGAUGAAUCGCCCAAGCUGCGCUACACUCGCCUCAGACAAUCGGCCAAAAGGCCAGUCAAGGGACUCGCCCACAGCAGAUACAGCGUGUUGUUAGUAGACGUUGGAGCACCGCGGCGGGAGCUCGACUCCGAUGAGCUGCUUGAUAACGUGACCGCGCUGGGACAUGUUGAUGUUCAGGAAGAGAGGGUUGGCGUAAGCACGAUAUAUUGCCUACUGGUCGUAUCAAGGUACGGAUUGAUGCUCAAGAGCCACAACGCCAAUGGGUCGUACAGCCGUCUUGGGUGGUUCAUGCUGGAGCAGGACCAAUGGUUCAGGGGCCAGGUAGAAAUCGAUAUUGCCCUUGGGUAA